GCGAUCGAGUAUAUAUUUUAUUUCCGAACGUUGCAAGGCGACGACAGACGAGCGGUCUGCUCACCCGUCUCUCACUCAACUCACAUAACGUUUGUUGUUGAUUCAUUCGUUGGGUGCGUGGGAAGAAGUUGUCUUUAGCGAAGAGGUUGACAGCAGGCACGCGUUGGUGGCACGCGCCGCGCCGUGUUCGUUGGCUACGUUCCUUUUAUUUUGUAGGCUAUGUUAUGUUUACGGCUUCUUGAAGAAAGAAAGGGUCCGUCCGUCAACUGUAGUAGUAAGAACGACCGAAGGAGGAGGCGCAAGGGACACAGAUCUGUGGCAGCCUUUCCAGCUGUAGUAGAGUAAUGUGGGGGUCGGGUAGUCAGUACAACACUUGCUCCCUGUGUGCGUGUGUGUAUGGCCGUGUGUGUGUGUGUGUUUGUGUGUGUUGUGUCGCUCUUCCACUGUCCUGUCUUUCGAUGGGCGCGGGGAAGGAAAGAAAGUAGUUGACGCCGAUGAUGGCCCGUCUCUAUCUGUCUCCUCCUCCCUUCCAUCCUUCUGUCUAGGUGACCCUGGUAUCGAUCCUUCGCCGUCUUGCCUGGAAUCGUCUUCACAUCGCCCUCAUCGGCGAUUCGUUCUACGUUCCUCCCCUGCAUCACCGGAUUUUGAAGAUGCUAUAGAGCGCUUCUGUUCUUCUUCUUCGUGGUUUUGAAACCAGCGGUGUUCGGUGUCCGAGGUGGAUGACCUCAGGUUCCUCCGAUCUAUUUCCUCAUUCGCGUCUCUUCCUCUCUUUACUUUGUCCCUCUCUCGAUCUGGAGUGGCGGCGACCCAUUUCUGUGCUGCUAUCGUAUCGCAGCGACAUCUUCGGUGGUUGAUGGGUGCUGCUGGGCUUGUGUGAGAGCUGGUGUGCCCUCUGUCUGGUCUGGGGAACUCGAGUGCGCGUUGUCGGGCAGCAACUUUGCCUUGAGCUGAUCGCUCUGUUUCCCAGAGGCUGUCAGAAGGCGAAGACGACCAAGAAAGUGGUAGGUGUAGACGAAGGCCGUCCGGCAUGUGUGGGGGUACGGAGUACUCUAGUUCCGUGGCCGCGGUGUGCAGAGCAUCGGACGAAGCUAUGGGAGAUCAUGGGCUGGAAGUUGGUUCGCGGAAGCCGCUCAGUCCGGGGGCUUCCAUAGAGAAGGCGGGAUCGCGGGAGAACAGCAGGAUAUCGCUGUUGGAGCUGGCGGCGAACAACGACCUCGACGGCUUUCGCCACGCUGUCGAGGUCGAGGGGGCGCAGGUGGACGAGCUGGGCAGCUGGUAUGGGCGGCAAAACGGCACGAACCAGAUGGUUCUGGAGCAGCGGACCCCGUCGAUGAUCGCGGCGUUGUACGGGAGUGUGGAUGUGCUGAGUUACAUUCUCUCGUUCUUCGAUGCGUGUGGCUGCGACAUUAAUCGCAAGUGCGGGGUGGACGGGAGCACAGCGCUGCACUGCGCGGCGGCGGGGGGAACUCCGCGCGCAGUGGAGACUGUGGCUCUCUUGCUGCGCUGUGGGGCGGACCGCGACUCGCUGGACAACCACGGACGGAGGGCGGUGGACGUCGUCUUCACUCCGAAGAUGCCUCAUAUCAAGGCUCAUCUUGAUCGGCUGUUGAGGCCUGACUCCUCCUCGCCUUCCUCUUCCUCUUCUUCUUCUUCUUCUUCUUCUGCAGCAAUCAGCGUUCCUUCCUCCUCUAGUCUGUCCCGUCAGUCUCUGUCUCCUGCCGGGCUGAAUUCGAGUACCAGUAGCUCGUUCCAUGAUAACUCGACGGCGGCCGUCGCCGUGGCUUCUCUUCCGUUUUCUUCCGUCUCUUCUCCCCCCACUCCGAACGGCUGCGACGUGACGCGAGGGAAGCCGUCGUUCUUGCAGCUCUCUUCCAACGGGUCGGCCUCGUCGUCAGAUUCUGCCCAUCUAAUGGGCGGGGGCUCUUUGUCGAAUGGGGGGAGCAGUGACGGCUCUCUUCCGGAUGUGAAGAGCAGUAUUUACGCCACCGACGAGUUCCGGAUGUACAGCUUUAAGGUGAAGUCGUGCUCUCGCGCGUACAGUCACGACUGGACGGAGUGCCCCUUCGUGCACCCUGGGGAGAAUGCGAGGAGGCGCGAUCCGAGGAGGUAUCACUACAGCUGCGUUCCUUGCCCUGACUUCCGGAAGGGUUCCUGCAGGCGCGGCGACAGUUGUGAGUACGCUCACGGCGUGUUCGAGUGCUGGCUGCACCCGGCGCAGUAUCGAACUCGCCUUUGCAAAGAGGGGUUGAAAUGCACACGGAGAGUGUGCUUCUUUGCGCACACGUCGGAGGAGCUCCGCCCUCUGUACACCACCUCCGGCUCGGCCACGUUGCCUUCUCCAAGAUGCACUUCGCCGAUCGAUAUGAGGUCACUUUCUCCUCCGUUGCCGCCCCCGUCCCCACAGUCCGUUCUGUUUCCCUACUCUCCGGCAACGUCGCCGUCGGGGCUGCCGACCCCUCCUCUCUCUCCGAGCACCUCCUCUUCUCUGUCCGUCUGGAGUCCUAACGUGCAGUCGUCCGUUCCCACACUUCAUUUGCCCACCGGAUUGCACGCGGCGCGGGUGCGAGGGCUCCAGGCGGCGCAGGCCCAGGCGCAGGCAGCCGCCGCUGCGAAGGUCCGAGCGGACGGGCACCGUUCUUCCGCCGGACUGGAGCCGGAUGCUGAUAGACUGGUUGAUUUGGCCGCUUUGUCGAUCAGCCGCGCAUCCCCCGUGCCAUCCGUGUCAUCGCCGUCUUCGUCGAGCGCCUUGACUGCCAGGAUUGGCCACGCCUUGCAUGCGAACUUCCCGAACGUUGCCGGGGGACUCCAGAUGAGCAAUGCGAGUUUGGACAGUCUCAUUUCGUCGGCGGCGGCGGCGGAGAGCGCGGGCGCACUUGGCGGCUCGAGCGCCGCCGCGGCGCUGCAGUCCGUCCUUCAGUCCCGGCAGCAGCAGCAGCAGCAGCAGCAUGCCCAUCAGCAUCAGUGGAGGUUGAACGGCUCCGUCAGCCCUCUCUCGUCGCCGAUCCGUCGGUCCGUUUCCGCAAGGUAUAGUUCGUCGGAACGCGAUCAGUCUCUCAUCGCUCUCUCACCCUCUCUUGCCGCUGCGGUGUUGAACAGGAAGCACUCGUUCUCUGGGCAUGAGAAGUACUUGGACUCUCAGUGGAGAGUCUCGGCCAACGGGGGGCCGGCGACGACGACGGCGGAAUCGUCGUUCCUGAACCUCGGCGGAUGUUCCGCGUCGUCCAUGAUGACGUCGAGCACCACCUCCUCGGGCGUGGAUCUUUCCGACUGGGGUUCCCCCACGGGGAAGUUGGACUGGGGAGUCAGCAAUGAGCAGUUUGCGCGGUUCCGCAAGUCCACGUCGUAUCUGCCAUCGCUCUCCUCGAGAGCUUCUUCGCUUCUCUUCGACGAGCCGAUUCCGGACUUGACGUGGGUGCAGAAGCUUGUUCGCGAAACUGCCGGCGAAGCGACGGCGGACUGCGCGGCUUCGGCGGCGCUGGAAUGUCUUCCGCGGGAAAGCUCUAUGGAGAGAAUAAUGGCUGGAAGGUGGGUGGAUCCUCUGCUGCAAGAACGCGUGGCCUAGCUAGAUGGGUAGGGCAGGGAGGACCCUUUUCUUUCCUUCGCCGUCGGAAAUUGGCGGCGGUGUUGAAAUGUGUACUGUUGCUGUAGUGCAGUGAUGUGAUAGUGUUCAGGUGAAUUCAUUCUUUGUGUCUGGAAGAGAAAUCUCAGCCAGCCAGCCAGCCAGCCAGCAAGCAGAUGACUUCUGAAGCGAAUGGCGGGAGAGGUCUGCCUGUGAGAAAGACGUUUUGGAGGUCGAGAGGAGUGGAGAGGUGUGAUGAGCAAAAAGAACCGAGUGUUUGGCUCCGCUAUUCAGUCUCUUGUGAAAAGUGCGCGUGGCAUGGAGUAAGGGAGAGAAGAGAGGUCCUGUGGGAGGAUGUUAAAGGUAAGGAGGAGAAAUGUGAUUGAGAUUUGUUGACUCGGCUUGACACGUUUCCUCCCCCUCCGCAUGUAAACGUGGGGAGGGAGUUGUGAUAAGUCUCGUCGGUCCGUAUCGUUCGUUCGUUCGUUUGGAUAUGCCUGCGUAGAAGAUUAGGUGAGAUGGCUCCUAAGAUAAGAUUGACAGGUGAUUUCGUUCCGUUGCGUUCUGUUUCUGUCAUCGGUUUAUUGUUGUGGAUGUUUCUUUGCCGCUCAUUCAGUAAUGGGUGGGCGGAACAUAAAGAUGUAGUUUAAUCUUGAUGUUUGAGCAGUCUUAUCAUCAUCGUGAUUGAUUGAUUGAUUGAGAUCCCGCUGGUGAAUUAUGUGGCGGGAGGAGAUUAUUAUUAUGAUGAUGAUGAUUGAUGAGAAGCGUAUCGCGAUUGACUUGUUAUCAGAAUCUUGACGUUUAGCAAAAGAGAGGGAGGGAGGUAUUAUUAGUGACGACAACGAUAAUGAUGGAUGGUGCGACCCGUCUUGUGAAAAGCCAUUCCUGUGGGCCGUUCAUUGAGCCUUGAGCAGCGUUAGUGAUAGUGAUGCUGAUUUUGAUGAUGAUGAUGAUGAUGGAGAUAAAGACAGUUUUUGACAUGUUGGGAUUGUUGAAUGCCUCGAUUCAUUUUGAUAUUAGCAACCUUUUCCUUUUCCGUUUUCAAAAUUCCCUGUUGAGAUUGGAGUAUAUUUUUCCGAGAUCGUCUUCGAUGAUCUAUGUGACAUUUCGUUCACCGAGGUUCGGACUUGAUAUGACCACAUCCGUUUCCUCGGUUUUCGUUCGUUCGUUCGUUGGAUACGUUGAAAUUAUUCUUCCAUUUUGACGAUAUGCCUUGAUGAUGAUUAACACCAGCCAGUCUUCUUCACGCAAUCGGGGCCUUCUGAUCGAGGUUUGGCUUCAACUUCCGCCUCGGCGAUCCGGUUGAUGAUAUGACGGGAGGCGUUCGAAAUCGAUCUAUCAUACGAGUUAUGUUGUGUCGUCGUCCUUCUCCCGCUAUUAAGAAUGGUUUUAAAUGUUGACGAGAGUAUAAUCUUUUUCUUUGCUGAGUUGCAGACCGUCCUUCGCCGCCAUCCUAUCGUCAUUUGCCGGCAUGGUUGGUCAUUGUAGCAGCUUUGUUGGACUACAGAGAUCGGAUAGAAUAUUUGGCGUUUGCCCCCAACCUUUGAAGGGGUCGGCGGUAAGUGCGUGCUCGCGUACGGAUCCGAUUCGUUCGUCGCUUCUUGGCGUUCUUAACGGCCACGGCCGGGGGAGGUUGUGUUUUGCGCGGCGCACCUCAUAUAAGGCGAAAGAAUGUUAAUUGAGUCGGAAGGGGUUUCAAAGAUCGAGUAUAUGCUUGAAGCUGUCG